AUCGGCACAAUGGCAACUGUCAUUGUUUGGGGAGAAGGUGGGGUUUUCGAAUAGCACACACGUCGUUGAUGUGACUGGAAACGCUGAUGUUGUGCGGCCGCUGUACUUUCUGUUUUAUUAAUAUCAAACAGUGUAACAGUGAAAGAAGCAGGAUUUCUCGAGAAGUUCGGAAAGGAUUAAGAUGAACGGUUUUGAGGUGUUGACACUCCCAGGCAAGGGGCGCUCUAUGAUAGCUCGACGACCCUUUAAAACUGGAGAAACAAUUUUCGAAGAAGAACCGUUUGUCUCCUGCCAAUUCUCUUGGAACCAAACGUACGGCUACUUAGCAUGCGAUCAUUGUAUGCGCCCUCUUGAAACAUCAGAGCGUAAUGUACAGCGCCUAGCGAAUGACCCAUCAAUCACACUACCACUCCCAGAAUAUUGUCCCACUCAACAAUGGAUGGAACAGUUUACCCAGUGUCCACAAUGUGGGAUUCGCUACUGUUCAGAGGACUGCCGAAUAGAAGCUAAUAAAAAAUACCACACGGUGGCAUGUAUGGGCAAUCGGAGAUACGAUGAAACCCAUCCAAUAAAUAUACUUAACGAAAAGUGGAAAAAAAUGCAUUAUCCACCUGAGACGGGAACUAUAAUGUUAAUAGUUCGCAUCCUAGCUAUGUAUAAGCAAAGUCGAGAUAAGGAAGAAUUCCUUGAAACCCUCAAACAAUUUCAGAGUAUUGUUGUGAAUGAAGAAUUACAAAUUUUCCAUAAAAUGCUCGGCACGAAUUUCGAGAGUCAACUAAGUGAUUUGUUUCAGACAUUUUGCCAUGCCUUCAGUUCGGAGGAGUUUGCAAUGUUCCUGACACCUGACGCUUUCAAAUCACUGAUGGGUUUGAUCGGCACAAAUAGCCAAGGUGUUGCUACAAGUCCGUUUGCUGAGUGGGUUCGGAAGGUUUCCGAUGUUGAUCUACCGCCACAAGAAAAACUUCAGCUGGACAAUUAUAUCGAUGAGCUUUAUCACAAAUUAAACGAAUUUGCGGGCGAAUUCUUAAACAAUGAAGGGUCUGGUCUCUAUCAACUUCAGAGUAAAAUAAAUCAUAGUUGCAUACCGAACGCCCAAUCUAGUUUUCCAUAUUCCAACGACAUACUAGUUCUGAAAGCUGUGAAUGAUAUUCAACCCGGUGAAGAGAUUUGCAUAUCAUACUUAGAUGAUUGCCAGCUGGAGAGGUCGCGGCAUUCUAGGCAGAAAACGUUGAAAGAGAAUUACCUAUUCAUAUGCAAGUGCCCCAAAUGUGAAGAGCAAUUGAAGGAUCCUGACGAAACAAGUGAGGACGAAGAUGAUGAUAUGGAUAUGGAAGACGAAGACGACGAUGAAAUGAGUUAAGUGUUUGUAUGAUAAUAAUAUGAAACUGAAUAAAGUAUAUUUUUUAUUGAAA